CCAUCACAUUGUGGUAGACUUGGCCAGCAUCAAGGCCUGGACUGUCGAAACACGAUGCAAAUAUGAACUAGGAGAGCACUGCGAGAUCUUCAAGCUGAGUAUGGUUAUGCGCCUUUCUGCUACCACGCAGAUCUCGGCUACAACUUCGAUAUGUACGAGUCUCUGCAAAUCCCCUGGUCGACAGACAACCCUGGAAUAGCAGAGCAGACGUACCGACAAGGUGGGUUUGUCAAGACGAAAGGCACCAUCUUCCUUCUCCCUCCAAGUGAGUCGAUACUGCGCGAGACAUUCAACGACCCUCCACGGCCAAAGACACGCAUGAGUGCAGGAGCAGUGGCGCUCUGCAAACACUUUGAGCGAUGCGGGUCAUCGGCAGAACAUAAUCAGCCCCAUCCGUUUUGGAAAUUACCUACAGGAAGCAAUGAGAAUAAAACCGAGACGGCGAGACAGAUAUUGGAUGACAUGUUGGCUCGUGCGCCGUGGCGGAAUGUCAUGUUGUUGCAUCGUGGAGUUGCGGUCUAUGAGAUACGGAAUCGAUUGGGAUAUGGUAUGAGAUGGACUUUGGAUAUCGUGGAGGAGGACGAGAUAGGAGAGAAGAGGACGGAGAUGGAAAGGAGGGAAAUGUUGGACGGGCAGCCUGAUGCUGAGGAUUUGGAUAAAGAGUGGAGGAUUGUCAAGACGACGUUUCGAGGGUUCUUGGAACCUAUUGCUGCAAUGGAUCAUGAAUUGGAACAAGGGGAUUGAUUAAUGGUUCAGACUGUGUUAAGAUAGAUAUCACGUGGCGUUGGGUACUGUCUCGAGCACUGUGUUUGUCCUCUGAUAGCUACCUAGGUAGAGAUGGCCAGUCUUGGUUCUCGACGGAAUCGAGACUACUCCCUGAUGGACAGCAAACCCAUCG